AUGGAAUCGGCUAUAGAAUUAACAGAAGAUAAACAAGAAAUUCAAUAUAUAGCAGAUGAUACAAAGUUUUCUAAACAAAUCAAAUCUAAUCAUCAAACCCACAAACCAGACUCAUUUUACUUAUAUUGGGCAGUUUUUACAGUGCAGCUGUUGACGGUUGUGAGCGGUACAUCAGUAGUAUGGACAUCACCGGUGAUACCAAAAUUAACUUCCAAUGAUACUCAAGUAAAUCCACUGGGAACACCUGCAACCACAACAGAUAUUUCCAUGAUAGCUGCGUCACCAAUUAUAACAAGUCUAAUCGGAGCUCUAGUACUACCUCGUUUAUCGGACACUAUUGGACGAAGAAUGUAUUUACUAACUAUGGGUGUGGGUUUACUCAUAUCUCACAUUUUGUUAGCAUUCAGUGCUUCUGUAUUAUUGAUAGUUAUCUCCAGAUGUAUCGUAGGAACUUUUUUAGCUGGAUCUUUCUCUGUUAUCCCAAUUUAUGUAACAGAAAUUUGUGAGGAUCAUAAUAGAGCCAAGUUUGGAUGUUACUUAGGCCUAUUCCAUCAAAUAGGACAUUUUUAUUGCUUCAUUAUAGGACCUUAUUUUAGUAUGAGAAUUUUGACACUUCUAUUGAUGAUACCAAUUAUUCCAUUUUUAAUUUCCUUUUUCUUCUUGCCCGAAUCUCCUGCAUACUUACUAUCUAAGGGAAAAGAGAACAAAUGUAGACAAGCUCUGAAAAAAUUGAGAAACACCAAAGAUUCAUCGAAGAUUGAAAGUGAGUUUCAUAAAUUAGUAGAAAGUGAUAAAACAAAAAACUUUGCUACGAAAAGUCCUGGUUAUCUAUCGUUUUUCACAAAUAAGGAAACUAAAGUAGGAUUUAUGUUGGCUCUAUUACCAUGCCAAGUUCAAAUACUUUCAGGUAUCACUGUAAUAAUGUCUUUUUUGGCGCCUUUGUUUAAUUCCGCUAAAACAAGCAUAUCAGGCGACCAUGUAGCUAUUGCCGUUGGAAUACUUAAAAUCAGUUGCUUCUUCUUAACUUCAGCAGUUGUAGAAAAGUUGGGAAGAAAAAGAAUGUUGAUAUAUUCAUCAGUUGGGUCUGGGCUAUCCCUAUUUGGUUUGGGAUGUUUCUUUUAUUUGAAGCAUAUUAACUCACAAUUACUCGACAAAUUGGGAUGGUUGCCUCUUACUUUGAUACUAUCUUAUGUUGGUUUGUAUUCAUUAGGUAUUGGUCCUAUUCCAAUGGCAAUUAUGCAUGAAAUGUUUCCCGCUGAAUAUAGGGCAGUAGCAGGUAGUUUACUCACUACUAUAGGCAAUAUUAUAAUGUUCACAAUUGUUUUCAGUUUUCCUUUGAUAACUGCCAGUAUCGGCUCUCAUUGGGCAGUGUGGGCUUUUAGUAGUUUUUGUAUUUUUGGAGCUUUGUUGAUUCAUAUUUUUCUGCCAGAGACCAAAGGGAAGAGUUUAUCAGAAAUUCAAGAUAUUUUACAGAGUUAUUAAAAUUUGUAAUAAACGUUCAUGUAUGAAA